GAGAGGAGCGGCCCAGACACACACCUUCAUACGGAGACGCAGCGCCUUGGAUGAGAUUCUAAAGCAGUGCAAAGAAGACAAAAGGCGCAGCUGUCAGUUGUGAAUGUAGUAGCCCGCCUGGUCUUAUCUUCUCCUCCUCCUCCUCCUCGCAGCCUGGCUUCUGUUGCAGACUUGUCCAACAAAGGGAGAGACUUGAAAGUACGCAUAGAUUUGGCACAAGUGCACAAACUCGAAUGGGUCUCGUCGCGAUGGCUUUUGAGUUGAAGAACACGUAACCACGCUGCUGUCACCCUGGUUCAACCCGUCGUUAAGGUAACCGGGAAGUUGAAACGGCGUCUUUGGCCGCUGGGAUGUUGUGAACGACGCGCGUGUGGGACAGAAAGAGCCGGGACGCAGAGCGCAGAGAGGGGAACCGGGACUGGACGCGCACCGGAGGGGGAUUAUGGCUCUCGCAACGUUUUUUCUCAGCCUCACCACGCUGGCGCUUACAAACUUGCACCUGUCGAGAGCCAGCAACCGGCAUGCGGUGUACUGGAACAGCUCCAACAUACUGCUACGAAGGGAGGGAUACACGGUGCAGGUCAGCGUCAACGACUACCUGGACAUCUACUGCCCACACUACAACACCAGCCAGCGAGGGACACUGGAGCGCGUCGUGGCCGAGCAGUACGUCCUCUACAUGGUCAACUACCACGGCUACCGCACCUGCGAUCCACAGCUGGGCUUCAAACGCUGGGAGUGCAACCGGCCCCACGCGCCUCAUGCGCCCAUCAAGUUCUCUGAGAAGUUCCAGCGCUACAGCGCCUUCUCACUGGGCUACGAGUUCAAUGUGGGCCAGGAGUACUAUUACAUCUCCACACCCACCCACCACCACGGUCACAGCUGCCUGAGACUGAGGGUUUACGUCUGCUGCUCCACGGUCUCCCAGACAGAUGACGACUCCAGUCAGACUUCUACCGACUACACAGUUAGGCCAAACAUCAAAAUACACAACCUUGAUGAAUUUAACCCUGAAGCUCCCAAACUGGAGAAAAGCGUCAGUGGCAGCAGCCCAUCACGCGACCGCCUUCUUCUCACAGUGGCAAUGCUGCUCAUGUCUGCUGUGCUCUUGUCCUAGCGACUGUCAGACACUGUGACACUUCAUGCAUAGCUGGACCGCCUUGUGCAAAGGGCUUUGUAUCCACCCUGAUGCGAGUUUUUUGGUGUUGGUGUGAAAGUGGGAGGAAACAUGGAGGAGAAUCAAGCAGAGCAACAACAGAA